AUGCACCCGCCUAGUGUGACGCUGCUGCCUGGCGAGGCCCAGGCUGUGUGCUCUGUCGCAGACGUCGUUGUUGUCGCCGCCCCGCGGGCUGGCAUCCGCAUGGUCGACCCGCUCCUGCCAGCCACCACCCUCCUCUGCCCGCUCCAGCCGCUGGCUCCGGCCGGGUAUGGUGUAGUUGUGGGUGAGGCUCUCCUUGUGGCAGGGCCGUACGGCUCAGUUGUUCACAUCGACGAGCGCAACUCAGCCCGUGCGGUGGCGGCCGCCGUGGCGCAAGGUGCAGACAGCCCGAUCAUCACCGCCGCCUCGGCUGCGGUCGGCGCCGCUUUUGCAGCCUCAGACUCAGACUCGGAUGACGACAAGGAUUCGAACGAGGGGUCAGACGUGGAGCAUGCUACUGCCGAUGGUCUCGGUUCGGUCAUCUGGCGCCUGCUGCCGCCGCCGGGACUUGCUGAUCGCGGGCCGCCAGCCGGCGCCCUCGCCCUCGACCCGGACACGGCGCGGCUGCUGCUGUUCUGGCGCGACGGCGAGGCGCUUGUUCUCGACGCUGUUGAUGGAUUGCUCGCCGCCACCACGCUCGAACUCACCGCAGCUGCUCCAAACGAGUUUGUCUAUGCCGCCUGCUCGAUCCCUAGCAGCCACCGCAUCGUCACAGCCCAUCCGGGCGCCGUCCGCGUUUGGGAGACUGCCGGCCUGACUCUCGUCGGCGAGCUGGCCCGCCCGUCCGGCUCUGGCAGCUUCCGCACCACUGCUUUGGCGGCGCAUGGCGGUGCCGUCUACGGCGGGGCCUCGGAUGGCUCGGUGGUGUGCUGGGAUCUCGAGUCGCGGGCAGUGCAGUGGCGCGCCUGCGGUGAACCGGUCCUCAUUGCUGCGCUCGUCCUUGUCCCUGCGCUCAACGGCCUCAUCACCGGUGGCGCUGAUGGUCGGCUUGUCUUUUGGGACCUAGGCACGCCCGACUCGCCGCCGUCUGCCCCGCUCGUCGCCACGCCCUCGCUCGGUGCGCCGCUCGCUGCCCUCCUCCUCAUUGGCCCGGCAAUCGUCAUCGCCCACCUGCACAACGCCACUGUCCACCUCAUUGACUUUACCACAGCCAGUCACAGUCUUGCGGCGGAUGACUGUGUCGGCCACCUUGCCGAUGGUCACGCCAGCAGCAGUGGGUCCACCUAG